CCGGCGUGGACUGCGGUGACCUCACACGGCGCGGGGCGGAGCGCAGGGCGCGGGGCGGGCUCGGCGACAGCGGCGGCGCGGGGCAGGAGAGUGAGCGCGGCAGAGUCGGCGCCACCAUGGCCAGCGUGGAUCUGGAGAAGCUGCGGACCACCGGGGCCGGCAAGGCCAUCGGCGUGCUGACCAGCGGCGGCGAUGCGCAAGGCAUGAAUGCCGCUGUCAGAGCCGUGACUCGUAUGGGCAUUUACGUGGGGGCCAAGGUCUUCCUCAUCUACGAGGGCUAUGAAGGCCUCGUGGAGGGAGGCGAGAACAUCAGGCAGGCCAACUGGCUCAGCGUCUCCAACAUCAUCCAGCUG